AUGAACAAAGGCACAAAAUCGCCUUCAAAUCGAAGGAAACAACAAUCAACGGCCAGCGAAUCACAAACAUCUAAACAGAAAAAGAAUGAUCCAUUGGAUUUAUUAAGUGAUAAUAAUAAUAUGAAUGUUCACACAAAAGAUGCCUCCGAUGAUCAUAUCAACCUCAUGGGAUCAAUUCUCCGAAAAAGUAAACAAAAGUUGAAGAAGCAAAUUAAGAAGAAGAAUGCAAAACACCAAAAACAACAUGUUACAGUUCACGAGAAAUCUAUUGUAAAAACUCAGCGAAAUUCCUCUGAUAGCAACACGAAAAAGAGAAAAACACAAAACGAUCGAAAUCAAGAACCUAAAAAGAGGAAAAAUCAGAAAGAGCCAGAAGCAACAGACAUGCUUUAUGAAGAUGACUUGUUACAGGAAGACGAGAAUGAUGAAGGACCUUAUCAACCUUUUGAUUACAAUUCCGAUGAAUCUGAUAUUAUUGAUGAUUUAGAAGAAGAAGCCAUCAAAAAUAACAAAUCAGAUGCUGUGUUUGUGACUAAAGAAAUGUUGGAAAAUAUUCGUAAAGAUGAAGAAGAUCCAGACGAUAAAAUUAUUGCUACUCUUGAAAAAAAGUUGAAAAUGAAUAAGAAAAAGAAACCAUUAGAUGAGAUUGAUUCAGAUCCCUUAAAGCCAUCUGAAUUAGAACAAUAUGUGAAUGAAAAAAGAAUGAAUAAGAAGAAAUCUAUGAAAGAAACCACAAAACAGCAAGAAGAUGAUAGUGAUGAUGGCGAGGAAACUCUGCCUGGAUAUGAAGAGCCUGAAAUUAACGAAGAAGAUUUACAAGCAUUCGAAAAUGAUGGCACUAUGUUUGACUCCAUGCUCGGAAAUAUUGACCCAGAAGAUGUGAUUGAUCUUGAUGCUGAAAUUGACGCCAUGAUUGAAGCAGAAAAACAAGGAAUGUCCUAUAGCGACUUUUUGCAAACAGAGAUACCGUCUCUAGCAACCAAGAUGAGAACUGUCAAUCACCGAUCAUCCGACCUCUCCGAAGAUGAAGAAAACGAGGAGGACAACGAGGAGAAUGAGGACAGUUUGGAAGAUGAUGGUGAAAAUGAAGAACACUCGGAAGAGGAAGCGACAAACAGUUCAACAUCAAAAUAUGUCCCGCCACAUUUAAGGAAAAAACAAAUUAUGGAGGGUGGUAAAAAGAGCGAAAGUUAUUUGACACUUCAAAAAAAUGUUCGUAACUUACUGAACAAGUUAUCGCUAGCCAAUUUAACGCCUCUCACAAAGGAAGCUCUUUCAUUAUAUAACAAGAGCAGCAAACAUGAAUUCCAUGAGAUUAUUACAAAUGCUAUCAUUGAAAGUGUUUGUGACACUGUAGAUUUGAAGAGCCAAUUUAUUCUAGUUUAUGCUGCAUUUAUAGUUGCUCUUCACAACAUUGGAGAUAUAGGUAUUGGUGCUUAUUUCAUUGAAAAGCUUAUUCAAAAGUUUGAUUCUAUCAUGACUGAAAGACAUCAAGCUUCAAAUUUGCUGACCCUAAUUUGUCAUGUAUACAAUCUGGGAUUAAUUUAUUGCGGACUCAUUUAUGACAUUAUUCGAAUGUUAUGUCUCAACAUUAGCGAGUUGAAUGUUGAAUUUUUGUUCAAAUUGUUGCAAACCUGUGGCUUCCAGCUGAAGAUUGACGAUCCAGCUUCCAUGAAGGAAAUUAUUGAAGUUGUUCAAUCCACUUUUGAAAAGUAUGAAGAAAAUCUCAAAGAUGAAGGAUCACCAGUGGCCAAGAGAAUGAAAUUUCUCGUUGAAAUGAUUGUUGAUUUGAAAAAUAACAGAAAACGAAAAUUUCAAGAAGAUAUCUCUGAGCAAUACAAACAAUUGAAGCAAACAGUGAAAGAUAUGCAAAAGCAAGAGAAAAAGACUGGGGAGAAUACUCUGAGAAUUCCAUAUACUGACUUAAUCCAGGCAGAGACUAAAGGAAGAUGGUGGCUAGUGGGUUCAGCUUGGGUUGGCAAUCAAGUAGGCUCAGAGAGCGAUCAUUCCCAAGCUUCCUCUCUUGCAUCCCUCAAGAAUAAGGACUUUAUUGCAAACGCCCUGACAGACAUGGAUUCUAAAUUGAUUCAAAAGCUAGAAAAACUUGCCAAAGACCAAAGAAUGACUUCCGAUUUGCGAAAGGCUGUGUUUUACAUCAUUAUGGGAAGUGAUGACUUUCUUGAUGCAUUCCAACGUCUUGUAAAACUUGGUAUCCAAAAGAACAACAGAGAAAUUGCAAGAGUACUUUUGCACUGCUGCUGUCAAGAGAAGAAUUACAACCCUUAUUAUGGUAAAUUGGCAGAAAAAUUGUGUAGCGUUGAAAAAACAGGACGAGCCCUCCAAUACACCUUUUAUGAAUACUUUGAUGAAUUGAGCAAGAGUUCGAUUCGUAAGAUUAUUAACCUAAGUCAAAUUUUGUCUGAAUUGAUUGGAAAGGGAUGCAUUUCUAUUGCCAUGCUCAAAAUUGUUGAUUUUAACUCAUUGGCUCAGUUGGAUAUUGUGUUUUUCCGGCUGCUCAUUCUGCAUUUGCUUUUGGACUUUACUGAAGUUGAAACAACAAGAUGCUUCCUCAGAUUAGCUAAAUUGGAUGAGCACGAAGAAUUGAAGGAGAGUCUUAUUUUGUUCCUUUACCAAUUCGUGAAGAAGGAAUUUAGAAGAGGUUUUAUUUACGAACUGCUUUCCAUCACAAACAUUUCAAAGAAGGAUGAUAAGAAAUGGCUGAAACAGCAAGAGAAGUUGGCCAAGUCACGAGCAAGCCUCAUGCGAAAGGUUUUGAGAACGGAUCUGAAUGAGUUGGACUAG